AUGAGCUCUCCUCAUGAAUACAACUGGCGGCGUCUCAGUGUUGGAGUGAUUGGCGGCGGCAUUGGCGGCAUGUCCGUGGCCAUCGCACUCCGUCGAGCCGGCCAUGAGGUAACCAUUUACGAGCGCAACGAUUUUGCUGGUGAGGUAGGAGCCUCUGUAUCAUGUGCUGCCAAUGGUACACGGUGGCUGCAUGAGUGGAAUGUUGAUGUCGCGAAAGGCGACCCGGUCGUACUUCGAAAGCUCAUCAACCGGGACUGGAAGACCGGAGAGCCGGUCAGCACGUAUGCCUUGGAUGACUAUGAGGAGCGCUGGGGAUAUGUCUACAACAUGUUCCACCGGCAGUAUAUGCAUGCAAUGCUCAAGGACUCGGCUCUGGAGGAGGAGGGUGAGGGAAUACGGGCUAAGCUUUUGGUUCAUCACCAGUGCGAGGACAUUGACCUAGUCAAUGGGAUGAUUACUUUCACUAAUGGGAAAACCGUUCACCACGAUCUCAUAAUUGGUGCCGACGGUAUUGGUUCUGCUGUUCGCAAGAUAAUCGGCCUCAACCCGGAAAAGAGACCUUCAGAGUCGAGUUGUCUCCAUGCCAAUGUGCGCACCGAAGACGCAGUUCGUCUGGGCCUCGUCGACUACUCUAAGCAUGAUGCAUUGGAAUACUGGGGCGGUCAAGAAGGAAAAUGGGAUAAAAUUGUGCUGUCACCUUGCAAUGGUGGCCGCUUGCUCUCCUACUAUUGCUUCUUCCCCCGAGCACAGGGAGACUAUACCAACCACACAUGGGGUGGAGAGGACCUUUCGGUGGAAGAACUCCUAGCACCAUAUCCAGAGCUUGAUCGUCAUGUAUUUGGCCAUCUCUCUAUAGGAAAGGAGAUCCAGCCGUGGCGUUUAUGGGUGCACCAGCCGUAUCCCUAUAUAACCCGAAGCAUGGUUUGUCUGUUGGGAGAUGCCGGACAUCCAAUGAUGCCUCACCAAAGCCAAGGAGCCUGCAUGGCAAUAGAAGACGCAGCAGCACUUGGAAUACUUUUUAGCAAGGCUUACUUUUCCGGAGAUGUCCACGAAACACUUUCAAUCUACCAGGAAAUACGACUCCCUCGCGCCACAAAGGUCCAAUCUGCGGCGGCAAAAGCAGCCUAUAAUAUCAACGAACGUAUUGGCUUCUCAAGUAACACAAACAAUAAGCUAUACAGCGUCGAGAAUGAAAAAGGAAAACUCACAAUUGAGGAAAUGAAUGGUUAUGAUAUGUACAAACAUGUCGAUGAAGUGAUGGCAAGGAGGAAAGGGCGGUCUUAUAAGGAAAAUUUCAAAGAUGGUAUCCCGCUGGACUUGAAGCUACCGAAUGGCACCCCUGUUGUCGAAGUAGCUCGCCUGUAG